GAUUGCAAUCCAAUUCAACCGAAUUACCUAAUUUGACUGUACUAUCUAAUUUGACUGAUCAAACUGAACUAUUUGAUUCAACUGAACUAUCCAACCCAACUAGACUAUCUGACCCAACUAGACUAUCUGACCCAACUGGACUAUCUGACCCAACUAAACUAUCUGAUUCAACUGAACUAUCUGAUUUAAUUGAACAGUCUGAUUCAAAUGAGGAAGGGGAAGAUGAAACCACUUCAGAUUAUAGCUUUAGUGACAAGGAAAAUUUUAUAGAAAUUGAAAAUCCAGUAGUUCAUACAAGAAAGGGUACUCUAAAGAAAAAACAAUUUAAGGAGUCCUAUGAAUUAGAUAAUAAUAAAAAGUCUAGUGUCAAAGAGCAUUCAAAUGCACAAAAGACUAGAAAGCCAACUCAAUGCCAACAAUGUUUAAAAUACCGGUCAUAA